CGAAUUCUGCCAAGUGCCAAGAUUCUGCCUGCAGUACAGUUUCCCAAAUUCCAAAGAGUAUAGUAAUAUAUAGGGUACCAAAUUCCCAUAAACCUCUAGGUAAUACUCUUUGGUGUCAUACGAUAAAAAAAAUGGUUUUCAUUUUUACGUUACACUUUUAGAUUUAGAAUAAUUCUAAUUUCAUCAUUUCAUCAAUAUUGAUGACAUAAUAAAAUAAUUUCAAUCCAAUGCUUAUCCCAACUAUUACCAGGAAUUUGUUAUCAUCAGCUAAUUUAAAAAUUAUUCAAAGAGUUUCAAUCAACGGUUGUCUUAAGAAAAUGUCAACAGCAUUAGAAGCUUUACCCAAAGUGGACAUAGAUCCCACUGGAGUCUUCAAAUACAUAAUGUUAAAUGUAUAUGAUAAAACAAAAGUUAAUGUCGAACCUGUACUUAUUGUCCGCGGCUAUAAGCGAUGCAAUUACCAUUCUGAUAUUUAUGAUGAGGUCCAAGAAAGACUACAGCCCUUAGACUGUGAACCUCUUGGAGGAGGAAGAAUAUCUCAUGACCCUGAAAAUAAAAAGAUACAUAUUUAUGGCUACUCUCAAGGCUACGGCAAGGCAGACCAUGACAUGGCGGCUAAAUUAAUCAAGAAAGUCUACCCUGGCUAUAGCAUCACAGUCAGUGAUGAAGGAUAUUAAAGUUUACUGGAAUUUUUUCAUCAACCUCUUUAUUAUUUACACCUGUACAGUAAAUGCAUUAUAAUAACA